AUGUGGAUCACCCUCCUCCUCACCGGAUUCUCCCUGGCAGUUUACCAAAUCAACGACCGCAUCGCUCAUUACUUUGAAUACCCAACCAGCACCGAAAUUGAUGUCGUCCCAUCACAAAAUAUGACCUUUCCUCGCGUUACAAUAUGCAAUGACAACUACAUCAAGUUAUCAGGAGCCCAAGAAUUAGGGGAACAUAAUUUGUACGUGAUACGUCCAGGCGCCUUCCUUGGUCUCAUGAUCAUGCUGGACGUCAACCAAUCUGACUACUUCAUACAACCAAGUCUCACCGCUGGCUACAGAGUUUGGUUGCAUGAGCCGAAUGAGCCGCCUCGAAUGAUGAAGAUGGGUUUCAAAGUCGGCGCAGGACAAUCGGUCAACGUGGACGUGUCUGUUAUAAAGAUAUCGAGGCAGAAACCUCCGUAUGGAACGUGUACUGAUGAAGAAAAUUACAACCAAGUCGACUGUGAGUGGAAGUGUUUCAACAGGGAAGUCGUCAAAGUCUGCAACUGCAGGCCUAUUUACAUGAAAGCAAUAGGCAACGAAUCAGUGUGCGAUUACUAUGAUGAAAGAUGUUGCGCAGAUAAGUUCUUCGAUGACUUCUACUUUCAAAAUCUCAAUCAAGAAUUUUCUUGCCACUGCCCUCCAGCUUGUAAUGAAAUAAUGUACCCGGCUUUCGUGACAGGAGCCAGAUACUCAAACAACAUACUCGCUCAUUUAAGUAGCGUUUCAAAAUACUCACAAAAGUACAUAAAAGAGAAUAUUGUAUCUGUAAACGUGUACCUUAGCAGCAUGCAGUACACGAAACUGGUUACUACUGCAGGGUAUUCAGUCAUGUCACUAUUAAGCGACCUUGGCGGAGCACUGGGGCUUGUUCUUGGGUCGACGUUUCUAACUCUGAUAGAAAUUGUUGAAAUGUUGCAUGAGUUUAUUGUUUAUAAUUUUGCGAAACAAAACCUACCAGAGAAGAAGCAGAAGAAAUGA